AUGACGCUGUCGGUGGCAGAUCCCGACUGGGCCUCCUACACCCUGGGUGUAUUCAUAUGCCUGAGCUGCUCCGGAAUCCACCGGAACAUCCCCCAGGUCAGCAAGGUGAAGUCGGUCCGCCUGGACGCCUGGGAGGAGGCCCAAGUGGAGUUCAUGGCCUCCCACGGGAACGACGCCGCCAGAGCCACGUUCGAGUCCAAAGUGCCCUCCUUCUACUACCGGCCCACGUUUGCCGACUGCCAACUCCUGCGAGAGCAGUGGAUCCGGGCCAAGUACGAGCGGCAGGAGUUCAUCCACCCUGAGAAGCAGGAGCCAUACUCAGCAGGGUACCGCGAGGGCUUUCUCUGGAAGCGUGGCCGGGACAACGGGCAGUUUUUGAGCCGGAAAUUUGUGCUGACAGAACGAGAGGGAGCCCUGAAGUAUUUCAACAGAAAUGACGCCAAGGAGCCCAAGGCCGUCAUGAAGAUCGAGCACCUCAACGCCACCUUCCAGCCGGCCAAGAUCGGCCACCCCCACGGCCUGCAGGUCACCUACCUGAAGGACAACAGCACCCGGAACAUCUUCAUCUACCACGAGGACGGGAAG